AUUUCUAAUUCAAUACCUGAAAUUAAUGAUAAUAUGGCUGAGGCUAUUUGCAAGAAAAGGCCAUAUUAUGAUAUUGAUGAUCUUAUUAAGAAAAAUGAUAAAUAUGGUAGAGAAAGAAGCUUCAAACAAAGUUGA